GGUGGCGCAUGCGUCCAUCCGGGGCAGGAGGAGGCGGGCAGCAAUCUCUCCUUUCCCCCUGCUGCUGAUGCAAGAGCUCAGCGCGGCGGCGAAGCGGGCGGAGAGCGCGAGAGAGUGGCUGGCCGGUUGGCUGCUUUCAAGGGACGGCGUUGCGGGUCCGAGCGGACCUCUUGGAGCUUCUGCCUUGAAGGCCCGGGGGAGCCGCAACCAUGUCGGGGGACGAGAUGAUUUUUGAUCCCACUAUGAGCAAGAAGAAGAAGAAGAAAAAGAAGCCUUUUAUGCUUGAUGAAGAAGGAGGUGAUGCACAAACAGAAGAAACACAGUUUUCAGAAACAAAAGAAGUGGAGCCAGAGCCAGCAGAAGACAAAGAUACAGAAGCUGAUGAAGAGGACAGUAGGAGAAAAGAUGCAUCAAAUGACUUAGAUGACUUAACCUUCUUCAAUCAAAAGAAAAAGAAGAAGAAAACAAAAAAGAUAUUUGAUAUAGAUGAAGCAGAAGAGGGUGUAAAGGACCUCAAAAUUGAAAGUGAUGUACAAGAAGCAGUAGAGCCAGAAGAUGACCUUGAUAUCAUGCUUGGAAAGAAGAAGAAAAAGAAAACUGUGAAGUUUCCAGAUGAGGACGAAGUAUUAGAUAAAGAUGAAGCAAUGGAGGAUGAAGACAGCAAAAAAGAUGAUGGGAUCUCUUUUAGCUUUCAGUCGGGACCUGCGUGGGCAGGCUCAGAGAGGGACUACACAUAUGAUGAGUUGCUGAAUCGUGUAUUUAACAUUAUGCGGGAAAAGAAUCCAGAUAUGGUCGCCGGUGAAAAAAGAAAAUUUGUUAUGAAACCUCCCCAAGUUGUAAGAGUAGGAACCAAGAAAACAUCAUUUGUCAACUUCACAGAUAUCUGUAAGCUAUUACAUCGUCAGCCAAAACAUCUUCUGGCUUUCUUGCUUGCCGAAUUGGGUACAAGUGGCUCAAUAGACGGUAAUAACCAACUUGUAAUCAAAGGAAGAUUCCAACAAAAACAGAUAGAAAACGUCUUGAGAAGAUAUAUCAAGGAAUAUGUUACCUGUCACACAUGUCGGUCGCCGGACACAAUCUUGCAGAAGGACACCAGAUUAUAUUUUUUGCAGUGCGAAACCUGCCAUUCGCGCUGCUCUGUUGCCAGCAUCAAAACUGGUUUCCAGGCUGUCACAGGCAAGAGAGCGCAGCUCCGUGCCAAAGCUAACUAGUUGGUUGGUCACCACUGGAUUUUGCAAAGUGAUCUGGGCACAAAUGGCUGGACAGGCUUAUAACCUGAGUGGAUUUCCAAUGUAUUAAAAACAAGAUUGUAAAAGCUGCUUGGCUAUGGGUUGGUCUGUGAAAUUCUUGCAAGAUGCAGAUCCUGAGGCUGUUGACAUUUGCUAACUGAAUAUUUUACCAACUGUCAGAAGUGUGAUGAGAAAGGAGGUGCUUUUUAAUCUGUUCAUAGAAUUCUGUAAAAUGCAAGAGAAUUAAAGUUAUUAUAACAGUAACUGUCUCUCAUUUGCAUUUUUCCUUCUGUUUAUCUGUUAAAAUGAUUGCUAUGGCAACAGUAAUACUGUGAAUACAUGGGGGCAUUGUGGCUGGUUCCAAAGAAUCAGAUGUGUGUUCUAAAAACACAUUGUCUUGAACAAGUGCAUUGUAGGAGCAAAUGGGGAAAGUUAAUGAAUUGAAAUGAAUAUAUUAUAAGAAUAUCCUGUGGGGAUAGUGGAUCUUUUCAGCUGAAUGACUCCAUGCCUAUUAGAACUUUUAAGCUACAUGGGCCAAUUCACAGAUAUUCUGAAAUCUGAAUUUAAUUAGGGGUAGAUUAGCUGUCCAUAGUGUAUUGGCAUUCUCCAAUACAGUUCAUUAAGUUACACACACAUUUUGAUGAUUGUUAGGUGGGUUUGGAAUGCCAUGGUAAUGCAUCUCUGCAUAUUGGUUUGGGAAAACACUGCAAUAAACACUAACAUUAUAAUAGCAUUAUCUAUUCAGUGGUUCUGCACUGCUGUCUUUUAACUCUGUUAUAACAGUUAAAUCUUUCCAAAAUAAACUGCAGUGGUAUACAAAAGGUGUGGUGCAUACAUUUUUAAAAAAAGCAUCCAGUUACAAGAGAGCAAUGGAAGUUGGCAAUACCUAUUAAUACUUAACAUGACCUAUGUAUCCCUCCCCCGCUUCAUCUCAUUCCUUACAAGUGGUUUCUUUCCCCCACUCUCUAGCAGAAUUGAACACUGACCAAAAAACCAAAUUGCCAAGUGGCAUGAUGGCUUUUUAAAAUGCAUUUAAUUGUAUCCCCAUUUUAUUAGAUGUUUUCUGUCAAUACAAAUCAAGUUUAAAACAGUUGAAAAAUUCACUGUGAUUAGAAAAGAAUCUUUCCAUGACUGAACUACUUCAUGGUCUAGAUUCACAACUUUGUCAUCACUUAUUAUGGGCAUGAUAGAGGAAUCGAUGGACAGUAUGUGCUUGGUGGGCAUUCAUUGUGGGGGGCAGUGUGUGAUUGGGAGGGGGCAGCAUGUAUCUGUAGUAUUAAUUAACCAUAGUAGCUGUAUAACCUGGAUAAACAAAGUUGUGGUUGACUGUAUUUGCUGACUUCUUUGAUUUAACAUUGAAAACUUGUUUUGGAAUUUUAAUUUGUAUGUAUACUAAUACACAAUUCGGUUUUGUCAUCGAAUCACUCUUAUUUUCUCCAAUGACUACUUGAGAACAUUGACGUUAAAAGUCAUGGUUUUCUAAAUGGUUUUUAAUAGCGUUCUGAGCUGUAAUGAACGUUGGAUGUAUCUUUUUAAGUGAAUAAAGCCAGGAUCGGUGCCUCUUAUGUAACAUUA